UGGAGCAACCAGGCAGAUGCCAAAGCAGCUGAGAUACAGAGGAGUGAGGCAGAGGCAUUGGGGCUCCUGGGUGUCAGAAAUCAGACAUCCUUUGCUUAAGACAAGGAUUUGGCUGGGGACUUUCGAGACAGCAGAGGAUGCAGCAAGGGCGUAUGAUGAGGCGGCCAGGCUCAUGUGUGGUUCAAAUGCGAGGACAAACUUCCCGCUAAGCUCAAACUCGGCAUCAGCCUUGUCGCCGAGUCUUGUGGCGAAGCUCGAAAGAUGUUGUGUUGGGUCUGAGGAGGAGAUAAGGAGAACUAAGGCGGAGGAUGUAGGUAUGGAUGAUGAGUUCAUUGAGGAGAUGAUAGAGGAGCUCAGAUACAAUGGGGCUGUGGAGAUAUCUUCGUCUUACUCUUCUUCUUCAUCUUCUUCUUCAUUUUUUCCAAAUCCAUAGUGUGUCCUGCAUUUGGCGGAUUUGGGACGCGAAUGAAGAUUUCUGUUACAUUGUGAGGAUGUCAAAGGCUGAAAGGGUUUUCAAUGCAGACAUGAGUUCCUGAUUGAAAGAAGGUGGCUUUGAUAUUUUGAACAAUUUGUUGUUUCAUUAUAUCG